AUGAACCGAAAACAUGGAAUGGAGGCGCACCUUGGGCUUGGUGGUGGCUUGGUGUCGGAGGAUUCAAGGAAAAAUCUCGAGAAGGUAGAGGAGCUCUGCCGCAGGAAAAAGACAGAAAAGGCGGUUCCGUAUCUUCUCAAAUCUAUCAAGGACCACAACAACCUCGACGCUAUCAUCCAGGUCGCCUUUCUAUUUCCCCGACCCGAUGGCAUAGAGGCUCUCGAGUACGUGGAACGACGAGGACGCGGUAUCAAAAAUGCCCUGGGGGAGAAAAGCUUCGACGAUGACGGAGACCGCGUUGGGCAUUUUUGGAUGCUGCUUGAAACGAGAGCGUACAUGCGCGUUCUGCAAGCUCUUGUGAGCAUGUACUUCGAGAACGGGCAGUUACAGGAAUCUGCGAAUACCAUCUCGGAAAUGCUCCGGCUCUGCCCUGGAGACAACCUUUGGCAGCGCUUUUGGCUUGGUUCGAUGCUCUGCCAGGCAAACCGUUUCUCCGAUGCUCUUUUCUUCUCGCAGGCGUGGCUUACCGAGAACACGCUGAAGACUGGAGAUCCGCCGAAGCGCGGAGGAACCGCCUUCGCCCCCCAGCCCCGCCCUCCCACGUACUUCAAGAUCUACGGCGACUGCGAACAGGCGAAGCGGUAUUUGAUCCUGGCAAAUAAGGCAAAUCCAAACAUUCUGGUCAAGAUUUUGGCGGAGGUUCCUCGGCCAGCUGGCUUGAACGACGGCCCUCGCGCGCACAACGGGCCAGAAGAUGCUCAAGACUACCCCUACCUUACGCAAAAUAUCUGGAUGGAGAAUGAUGUGUGGAAAUGGGCCGACAGCUGUGAAGACACUAAAGAGUUAAUCCUGAAAAACUGCAGUCGGCCUGCAUGUGUAGAGAAGGAGAAACCGGUUGCGCAGUACAAGCGGUGUGCGGCUUGCCAUCUUGUGUUCUACUGCAGCCAGGACUGUCAGAAGGUCGACUGGCCCCGACACAAACAAGAUUGUCAUGCGCAUAAGCAGAAGAAAAUAGCAAGACGCGCAUUCCAGACGGGCAAGCCCCCACCUGCUGGCUCCAUGCCCGUGUUCUCUGCAGACACGGCAGGAGGCCCAAUGUUUACCUUCGCGCCGACGGGCUUCCGUUGA